AUGUCAAACUCAGAUCUCGCUGCUGCGGGGAGCAGCACGUACGCAUCCAAUACCCUGCAUGUCGGGGAUGGCACCUGGGACUCUGGGCGGGAUACCUUCCUGCUGCCCAAUUUGAUGGGAGUCAACUUUGAGACGAUGCGAUACAAUGGCAUGGGGAACCGUUUCAAGGACAUGGCCGGGUACCAUUCAAUGAUCAUCGCACAUGGCGUCAUUGCAACCAUCGUUUUCUUGGGCAUCGUACCAACAUCUACUUUCCUCAUCCGAUAUUACUCCCGAUGGAAUCCUUACUGGGCAUUCAAACUGCAUGCUUGGUGUCAGGUACUUACCUUGCUCUUGACCACGGUCGUGUUUGUGCUUGGGUGGUUCGCCGUUGGGCCGAAAAGAAGCCUAACGAACCCCCAUCAUGGAAUUGGCCUGGCAAUCUAUGUUAUGGUCUUUUUCCAGGUUCUGUGGGGCUGGUUCCUGCACAAAAAGGAGAGCAAGAGACAGCGACUACACGUUCCUUUGAAACUGGUGUUUCACCGGUGGCUGGGUCGCGCCGUUGUCCUUCUCGGCAUUGCUCAAAUUCCACUGGGACUCACGCUCUACGGCUCGCCAAAGGUCCUGUUCAUCCUAUUCGCGCUGACCGCUUUCGGCUACUUAGUUCUCUACUUUAUACUUUCCUACCGAUAUGAUGUCGACGGAUAUCACAUGGGAAGUGAUCACGGUGGUGGCCACAGCCAGUAUACAGGACCUUCAGAAGUCUCGGAGUACCAUGGUAAUGAUGCGGGACCAGCUCUCGCUGCCGGCGCUGCAGGUUCUGGCUUGGCUUCGAUGUUUCGACGACGUGCAAGCAGUCGACAUCCAAGUCAUGCUUAUGAAGAAUCUCGCACAUCUAUUUCGGAUGAAAAAUACUCCGAUGAAUCCUCCCGUCAUCAUGGUGAUGGGGGUGGUGGUUUUGGCAAGAAACUCCUCGAGAUUGGUGCACUAGCCGGGGUUGGUCUUAUGGGCAAGAAAUUCUGGGACCGCCGAAAAAAGCAGGAAGAUGAUACUGAGUCAGGUCGGUAUAGACCUGCCCUUUCGCGCAGUACUAGCCACACAGAUGAUUCUCUUAGUAGGAUGGAAGAUGGUCGGCCGGAGCCGACUCACCACACGCCUCUUAAUCGACCGCCGAGCCGUGCACCAAGUAGGUCCCAAAGCCCGGGCUCGUCUUACUAUUACAACAGCACAUAUUUCACCGAGCCGCCUGAACGAAACCCUUCUCAUGGGAUUAGAGACGCUGUUUUGGGUGCCGGUGCUUUUGCUGCCGUAAAACGACUGCUCAGCCUCGGUAAAAAAGACGAUGCCGAAAAACAGCGACUGGAGGAUAUCAGGCGGCGAGAAGAUGAAGAUGAGGCGCUGCAGAGAGCAAACAGCAGACGACGACCACAGACGAGACCACGAAGAAGGGCCAGCUCAUGCAGUGAAACCGAUCUCACUGAAACCGACCUAUCUCGUCCCCCACGUCGACGUGCAUCACAUGGAGAAUCCCUUCUCACUGCAGAGCCGCCUCUUGCCUCCGGUGCUGUCCAUAGCGCUGUAUCGGAAAUGCCGUCUAGGCCCCCUGGCCACCGGCAGUUCUCUGGUGACUUGAGGUCUGAAGCCCCUCCCUCACGUCCCUCCCGCGCCCAUGAUGAAGCAGAAUUUGCAUUAGGUGCUGCGGCUGGCGCAGCAUUAGAUGCAGCUUCCCGUCGCCAUCGCAGCAGCAGCCGGCGACGAGGGGACGAGGCUGCCUCCCCGCCAGUAUCGGUGAAAGUGAAAAUGCACAAUGACGGACGACAUGUGACACUCCGUAGGCUGACUGAAGAAGAAGCGGCUGCGAGCCGUGAAGCCCGUCGCAAAGAGCGAAGAAAAUCUCGACGUCGCAACAGCAGUGCAGGCUCUUUUUCUGGCAACGAAGACGCCGGCUACGACCGCUGGCGUCGUGUCGAAGAACUCGAACGUCGACAAGACGAGCAAAUGCGACGUGAGCAGGCUGCUGCUGCUGCCCGUCUUGCUCCGCCACAGGCAUCUAUGGCACCUUCGGGCAACAAGCCCACAUCCUCGUGGGCGGCCCCACCCUCCCAGGGCAACCAAAUGCCCCAACCACCUCCCAUUCCUGCGCCUUCCAAUCUCCCAUAUGGGGCAGGCAGUGUUACUUCACCUACAUAUACUGGUACUGAAAUGAGCGGCUCAUACGCAAACAAUCGCCGCCGUAGACGUGCUGAACGAGCCCGUACCCGACAAGAGAGGCAGCAGCAACACGGCGUGGAAUUCACCUGA